AACUGUGCACCAUUAAAACCACACGUGUGCGUCCGCUGGAAUCGUGAGUCCAACAGACAACUUUGUAAAGUUACUGUCGAGAAGGAACGAGCAUUACGUGGGCACGAUAAGAAAUCAGCAUUUUUUCAGCUCGAAAAUGCCAUCGUACGUGCUCAAUCCUCUUCUCGAUGAAGUCUUUUUUGAAGACGUUUUGUGCAAGAAGUUUCUCAGCCUCGAUCUUCGGGAGCCCCCAAAGUCCCUCCUGUCCGUGAUGCCCAUAGGGUACAAGAAGGUGGAGACCCCUUGCCCUCUCAGCCUGGGAGGAACCAGUCUCACAGACUCCAGAGACAACGCACCCAUGACCUCCAGCCACUGGGGGCAGCACUUUGAGCAGUCCUGCCCACCCCUGUCACGGUGGAACAAAAUGUCUUUCUGGGCUGAGCGCUCGGUCAGCAUGGUGGAGGCCGGCAGCGGCGACCUUCGCUGGCCGUCCGGGGAAGACGGCAGCCCCAGCAGCCACUGCAAGCAGCCCUCCGCCCUGUCCCCCACAAUCUCCGGAUCAGGCUCUUCUUCCUCCUCCUCCUCCUCGUCUCGGUACAAGACCGAGCUGUGCCGCACCUUCGCGGAAAGCGGCAUCUGCAAGUACGGCGGGAAGUGCCAGUUCGCCCACGGGGCCGAGGAGCUCCGCGACCUCAGCCGCCACCCCAAGUACAAGACGGAGCCGUGCCGCACCUUCCACACCAUCGGGUACUGCCCCUACGGCAUCCGCUGCCACUUUGUGCACAACAACGAGGACGACCUGGGCCCCGCCUCCCGGGGCCCGCCCCCCACCUGCGCCGCCGCCGCCCGCCGGCCCCCGCUGCUGCGGCAGAGCUUCAGCUUCGCCGGGUUCCCCUCCGGGCCGCCGCCCCCGGAGCCCUCCCCGCUCCACCCCUUCCUCCGCGCGCCCUCCGCCUCGCCCCCGGCCUCGGCCGACGUCCCCGAGCUGCUCUCCCCGGCCGACCCCCUCUCGGCCGCCUUCGACCCGUCCCCGCGCUUCCAGGCCUCCCGCGAGCCGGCCCGCCCCUUCUGCUGCCACGCCCUGCCACGCCCCGAGGGAGAAGGGUGCCGGCGGCAGCAACAGCAGCAGAGCAUGCUGGGAAGCUUUGCGCUGGGCUCCCGGAGCCUCUCCUACACCUCCCUCUCCGAUCACGAGGGUGGGUCUGGGAGCUCGUCCAGCAGCCUCAGCGGCUCGGAGACCUCGGUCUUCGACGGCGCCAGCCGGCGGCUGCCCAUCUUCAGCCAGCUGUCGGUGCCCGACGACGGCCUCGGCAAUGGCGGCUCCGCCUUCUUCAUCUAACUCCGCCCUGUAGUUGCACGCGGGAAGAGCUAGCUUCGUGCAGAUUAAACACGUUUGUACAUUUUUGUGAAGCCUUGAUUGUAUACCGUUGUAUACCUACUGUAACGUACGGGCCGUUGCUAGGCGCCCAGGUAAGCUCUCCAGCUGAAUGCUUGUAAGCGUUUUUACACACAGUUGAGUAAAAGAGGGAGUUCAAUGCUGUUAAAACAACGGGUGGGGGGGCGGGGGGGGGGUUGUCAGACACCUUGUUUUGCUAACCCCCCCUUCCAGGAAUAUAAUUCAGAGAUGGGAUUUAAUCACAGUGUGAUUGACACGUUCCUGUUUAAAGAAUGGGCUGCUGCAGAAGGAUCCUUAUUUGUUCUCUCAGACCUGUAAGCAGCAGGUAGAAUCAAACAAAAAAGAGGGAAAAUUUUGAGGUUAAGAAAUCUUGAUCUAAAAAGCCAAAGAAGAGGUUAAAAAAAACUAAAAAAAAAAAAACGAAUAUUUCUGUCAUGGUUCUCAGUCUGUACAUGGGGCUCACACAUUUUACAUGAACAUUUCCAGGGUUUUGAUAAAGUUUUAGAGGUGUGGUUUUUUUUUUUUUUUUUUUUUUUUUACCCAAAAAGUGUGUUCACCCAGACUGGUUGUCUUGUGUGUGCAUUUGUUCAGACCCUAGAAUCAUAAGACGAGCUGCUUGGCAGAUGUUCAGUUUUUUGUUAAAUGGCUAAAUAACACUGUCAAAGUUUUAUAUAGAAGUUGAGCUCAACUUUUUUUCCCCCCACUUCAGGGUAAGAAUGCUUCUCAGUUCCUUAGCUUGUUCCAAGAUGUCUUCACUUUCCAGAUUUUGAAUAAGUAAUGCAUUCUUUGCUUACUGACUAAGCAUCUAGCUUUUGUCUUGUAUUAAAUCAACUAGUCACUUGGAAAUUAAUUGCACAUAAUUUUUUUUUUUUUUUUUUUUUUUUUUUAAAGGUGCAUCACGUGGAUUUUUUUUUUUUUGAUCCCUGCAUUGCUUUUAAAAUCUGGCUUGCCUUUUUACUUAAUCAGGAACCAGCUGAAAAAAUAAGUGCAUACUGUGUUUUUUCAAGGUGCUGUUUAAAAAAAAAAAAAAAAGAAAAAAGAGGGAAGUGGGGGUGGGGGGAGU